AUGCCGAUUUUAGUAAAAGACUACUCGUGGAUUCAAAGUUCCACUACCGUUCAUAUAAGAGUUCCGCUAGAUCCAGUUUAUAAGGAAAAGGUAGAUCUUUUUACAACAGAUUGUUAUGUUAAAGCACAUUUUAGGCCAUUUCUGUUUGAAGUAUUUUUACUGCAUGAUGUUGAUAUUAAAAAAAGCAAAUGUAUAGUAAAGGACGAUGUUAUUUUGCUAGAUUUAAUAAAAAGAGAUGAUACCGAAUGGGAAUAUUUAGAAAAGAUCUUGACAAAGGAAGAUAAAAUGGUAAUUCGGCAAAAGAUACUGGAAGAAUGCCAACAAAAAGCUAAACAGGAAGCUGAAGAUAAAGCAAUAAAGAAAAGUCAUUUAGAUAGAUUUACGGUUCAAAAAGCAAUGGAUAUUGAUAGUAAACAACACGACAUUAUGGACUCGAGAAGAAAUGAACAGUGUAAAAGAGCUAUGGAUGAUUUAGAAAAGUGGAGAAUAUCUACAGAUCAAAAUUAUCAAAAUUUUAAACAAACAAAUGGAUCAGGUGUUAAAAUUAUUGAAUUGCCAUCGUUAGAAAAUGAUGAAGCUACCGAAAAAGGAAGCUUAUCUGCAAUUGAGAAUCGUAAACAAAAUUUUAUGGGUUUAAAAAGCUCUGGCGUUAAAAUAGUUGAACUACCAUCCUCAGAAGAUGAAGAUAUAUCGGACAAAACCAAAAUAAAUGAAUUAAAAAAAGAUCCUAGCAAGCAAAAUUAUAGUAAAACUAGCGAAUUUGCAAGCCAACACAAAAAGCAAGUAGUUAUACCGAAACCAGAAAAGAAAGUAGUAAAAUCUGAAUAUGUUGAAAAGAAAAAGGAAGAAACGGCUAAAAGGGUUUUGCCGAAAUUAAGGCAAAUGGCCAAUUUAGAGAUAACGCAUACACUGCGAACUUUUCCAACACCAAGUAGGGAAUCUACUGCCCAAGAAGAAGAGGCGUGGUUGAAAAAUAUAACAAUGGCAAGAAGGGCUACCGGGUUUGUAUCCGAAGAUCUGCGUCCAGAAGAACAAGAUCCUCAAUGGUGCAAAGAGAAAGGCGACGAAUUCUUCCGGAGUGGCAACUAUUUGGGCGCCAUAAGCGCUUAUACGCACGGCAUCACUUUAUCGGAUAAAUUGCCAAGUCUUUAUGCCAAUAGAUCCGUCACUCAUUUCGCACUGGGAAACUUUAAUAAAUGUGCAACAGAUUGUUCAACUGCCUUGGACCUUAUGAAACCGCCGUGUGAAGGCAAUCGCCGCAGUCGGGCAAAAUGCAUCGCUCGAAGGGGAGCGGCCCUUGCCCGUUUGGGCUAUUUAAACAAAGCAAUAGACGAAAUGAAAGCAGCCGCCAAAUUGUUGCCGGAAGACGAAACAAUCAAGAAAGAUAUAUAUGAUAUGGAGAGAGCAUGGGAACAGAAUCCUGAUUCAGAUUAA